AUUCAUUUUAUGUUAAUUCAAAGGAUUCAGAACAAAAGGCUCUUUAGAGAAACUAAACUGAAACAUUCCUGUUUCAGGUGAAUAUCAAAGCCGCAGCCAAGCAGAAAGUAAGACAAACUGAUGUGUUGCUCAGAAAUAUUCAUACCUCUUACCAACCACAGAGUUGAAUAACGUUCAGACGGUUUGUAAUAUUUUUGUCCAAAUAAAAUCUGAAAGAUUUUUCUCCUCAGAGACUCAGAGUGUGGAUGAACAUCUGGCUGCAAUGAUGCAAAGAGCAGCGACCAUCACGUCAGACAAGGAGAUGCUUUUAAACCUGAUGAAAGACCUGAAGCAAGAGGAGCUGAAAGGCUUCAAGUGGUUCCUGAAGAUCAGGGAUGUGAGCUCAGGCUUCCCACAGAUCCCAGUGGGUCCCCUGGACGAGGCCGAUGCCUCAGACCUGGUGGACCUGAUGAUGAAGACCUACAGCCACAGCGCUCUGCAGGUCACCAAGGACAUUUUAAAGAAAAUUAACAGGAAUGAUCUGGUGGCGAUGUUUCCAGGCACCAGCUGCAAGAGGAAAUAUAAGAACUACUGAAUUUAACUUAAAUAACUGAUUUCCAUAUGCUGACCCCAGAUUAGUUCAAUAUAACGAGAAAUGUUAAAGUAUAAAGGGUUCAGUAAGCAUCACUUAUUUAACAGAAUAACCAGAAUUGAUCAUUUCCAGGUAGCGCCCUCUACAGCAGAGGUCUCAAACUGCAGUCCUCAGACUCCUGCAGCCUCCAGGUGUGUUCUUUGUCCUUCACACUUGAAUUAAAUUGUGAAACUGCCUCACUAGCAUGCAGUAAUUAGCUUCUAGAGAGCUAAUACUGGAGCCAGGUGGGCUGAAGCAGAGACAGGACUGACGUUUGAGACGCUGCUCUGUAGCUUUGAGAUCCUGGAGGAUUUGGAUCCUUCCCUUCUGUUGUCUGGCUCCACAAAUGAGCUGAUUCCUUUUAAAACAUCCGUCAGGUGGAGGAAAUUACUUUGUGGGUGUUUUAGUCAUUUUCACCUUAAAUACCAGGCAUUUUUAGUAUUUAUAUUACAAUAAGAAAAUCCCAUGUGAAACAGACUUUCAUGAUGUCCAUCGCUGAACCUGCUGGGCAUUCUGGUUCUGUUCUGGUAAAACAUUUACCAGGUUCUUCUUCUGGACAAAGGCUGGUGAGCAACUCCAGAUCUUCUGCAAAGAAUGAUUAGUGUUCUGACCAAAGAGCUAAAGAGGCUCAUCUCAUCUCCUUAAUGUUCAGACUUGGUUCUGACUCGGUUCAGAAUCAGUUCUGGUUGUUGUGAUUCUGUGGAUCCUCUGACUGACAAACAGAAAAAUCUUUUCCAACCAAAGUGUUCAGAACUUCUGUUAACACCUGGAAACUGGGACGAGGAGAACCUGUUGAGUUGAUUUUUAUUAACAGAUAUCUUUUUGUAAACUGAGCUGGAAAUCUCAGUACUGAAGGUUCUGGAGGACAGCUGUGAGGUUCUACUGCAACAUGGGUCCAACUGAAAAGUUGCUCUAAUGUUCUGACAACCAUCAUUCAUGUACAUAUUGUUCCUGCGGCUUUUUACCUGGCAAGAUUACACAUGCAUGAAAUAAAUCAUUAAAAUCUAGAAAUCUUUGACUUGACCUGUAUGAAGAUGAAACAAGAACAUUUCUUCUUUCUGCUUUUCGUUAAAAUUUUCCACUUUUCUGUUCUCUGUUUUUGGAGAAUCGCUUUAUUGGCGUUCUUCUUCUGAACUCGUUUUAGUUCAUUCCUCGUGACUCGCACCGUUCUGCAGAUAUUUCUAUCUGAAGGUCUCUGCACCUUUUUCACCCUAAGAAUCGUCAGACCUGCUGGGAUUUAAUCUGCUUUUCCUUCAUGGAGAAUUAAAAUCCCCAGAUUAACAAGACGAUGUGGUGACAUCUACUGACCAAAGCUGAAUAAAAUUACUGUUGAAAUCUAA